AUGGGCGCAGGAUCGGAGCAGCCCAUGCGCAAGCGGGACCGUUCGAAUUCGGAGUCGCCCGUAUUUCGCGGCGCUCCGCCCGUAGAGCUGCCGGGCCAACGGAUGUGGUUACGCCAGCAGGUUUUGUUUGACGUCCUGCGCCGGACAUCCCUGGCGGAGCAAAAGGACCGCGAGAUUGUGGAGUGGCUUACGGACGCCGCCGAAUGGCUGCAGGGCGCUGAAUGCGCGAGGCUUGGCGCGGGGUCGCUGACUGAGCUUCGUUUCCUUGUCCUUGGCGUGCUACACACAAUGCCAUGGUGGCGCGUGGUGGAGGCUGUUGACCCAAAGCGCGUUCAUGUGGCUUCACGUGGUGCCCAGAGUGUCACACGCGCCAUCACGCGCUGGCAUGAGAAGAUCCAAAUUGCCUUUGAACGUGUAUGUAUGCUGCUUAUUGAGCAAUCCCCACACGCCGUUCGUGGGGUACUGGAGGUGGCCAUGAAGCCGUUUCAAAUGCGGCCUCCUGUAGCUGACGGUGCACGACGGUUGAUCCCAGCAGAUUCCAUUAUGCGUAUUAUGAACACUGUGGCCACAAAGUACCCGAGUGCUGUCGUCCUGGAGGUGCUGGAGCAGAGUAUGCGUUCACUUGUGCCAAAACGGCGUUGGGUGGAGGAGCGACAUCACAAGACAUGCAUCGCACUCUUCUUACACCUCGCACUUGAGGCACAUGUUCCUUCAUUUCCUACGCCAGACUACGGCCAGAGUGGUCUGUUUGUGAAUUGUCCUGCCACGACCUUGCAGAGCUCAGCUUCUGCCGUGUCGGUGCGGGCUUCGGAGGAUAGCGGAACGGACGCUGCGGCUUCGUCCGCAUCUAACCGGUGCUAUCAAUUACGCCCGCUUGAGAUGACGGCUCCUGUGAUGUCUGCAAGUGAGGCAGACUUUAGUGAUGCGGCGAUCAACAUGUCAUCUGCUGCUGACGGGCGCCCGUUUCCAACGCGUUUCACAGAGUUUACGAUGCAAAACAAUAAAAUGUUGGCGUAUCGCAAUGAACUCAUUCGUUUUGUGCUGCAACAACUAUUUGACAUGGAGUUAUCACUACAAAACUCAGAUAAUGAACCUUUGCAUGAGUUUUCUUCGUCUUCCUUGUCAUUAUACAGUAGUGGCCCUGCGAAUGCCGUACGGAUAUUGGGGAGUCCUCUCAUUGGACAAGUCGAGGAGAGAGGAGUCGAGAAACCGUUUGUAGAGAUCCUGCGAAGUUGUACGAGUCUCGUUUUUUACCGGCUGGCGGGGGAUCUCAUGCGACAGCAGGCAGCCGGUGUUUGCGGGAACGCCGAAUGGUGGCGUGAGUUGCUCGCAUUUCAUCUCAACUUUGUCAUGAGAAUGGAGUGUCCAAUGUGUUUGUUGUACCUGGCCCCAAGCCUUGCGCUGCUAGGCAACGAAGAGGAGGCCGUUGACAUGAUGCAUAAGCUUGUGUCACUGGUAACAAAAGGCUAUAUGCCGGUUCAACAAAAUACAAGACGUGUUGCGGCGGCAGGCCCGGCCCGUGUACGUAUGGCACCCCCAUCUGUGGGUCCGUUGAUGAUUCCCAUGGCCCACCGCGUGCGUGCCGCGGUGUAUCUAUAUCCACUCUUUAGUUUCUUGCGUGAUCGCCUUGGAAAUGGUGAAGGCACCCGCAAGCGACUUCAGAAGUGGGUCACGCAGGAGCUGAGAGUCACCGCUGUCCCUUCCAUAAGCCUGAUAGUGCAAGUGCUCUUUGCUCAGUGUGCCGCCAUGUCGCAGCUGUUGGAAGCCGACUUUGUGGAGGAGAUGAAUUCGCAGCUGCCAGGCUCGGCGGCGCUGCGGUCGCUGUGGGAGCGAUUUCUUCUUCCUGAGGACGUGAAGCAGCGGAGACAGCCCGGGGAUAGUGAGGAAGUGCCACGUACCACCACAACUACCAACCCUGGCGCCAACUCGGCGGGGAGCGGCGCUGUCGAUGCGAGUGUAGGCAAAAGCCGCGUGAACCUUGCAAAAAUGGAGGCUAUGGGGCUGUUGCACCCAAAACUCAUGAACAACUGUCCAUGGGACUGGCGGCGCUGCCAAGCGGAGAUGGCGUUGGAACGAUAA